UUCCGGGCAUGCGCAGUGGCCGCUGUUAGUUCCGUGUUGUGUUGGUGUCACAACAUCGAAGUUCUUAUUAUCUUAAAUUAUUAUGACAUCGUUCUACAAUCACAUCGUCCUUUGGUGAUAUUGUCGUGAUAUUAUCUGCCAUAGUGACGCAGGACGGAAGACAGGAAUGGGACCGAAUCCGCCUUUUAUCACUUAAAGCUAUGGCCACGUUAUGUGAUUUAGUUAUUGAAGGAUCGCCUCUGAUUGGUUGAAGUGGAAAGAGGGUCAACACUUAUGUCACAUGGAAGAAGUGAAGAAAAUGAAGAACAAAGUUACCAACUGCACGGCAGGAUGGUCCUGGCAGCGAUACCUGGAGGAAUGCAAAGCUGAAUCUGCACCUGCCGAUCUGUUUACAAAGGAGCAAUGCUCCACCAAUCAGACGCAUGGAUUCAAGGUGGGGAUGAAGCUGGAGGGUGUGGACCCGCUGCACCCCUCCAUCUUCUGUGUGCUGUCCGUUGCCGAGGUGAUUGGCUGCCGGCUGCGGCUCCACAUCGACGGCUACUCCGAGUGCUAUGACUUCUGGGUAAACGCCGACUCCCCAGAUAUCAGACCGGCCGGCUGGUGUCUCCGCCAAAACCACAAGCUCCACCCCCCGAAAGGCUACCAUGAGACAGGUUUUGAUUGGCAGGUCUAUCUGCGGUCGACCAAUAGCAAGCUGGCUCCCGAAGACCUCUUUACGAUCCCUAGUCCUCCCCCCUCCUCUCUGUUCCGGGGGGGGCUGAAGCUCGAGGCGGUGGACAGGAAGAACCCGUCUCUGGUCUGCGUGGCGACGGUCGCCGACGUCAUCGACCAGCAGCGCAUACUGGUGCACUUUGACAACUGGGACGACUCCUACGACUACUGGUGUGACAGCAGCAGUCCUUACAUCCAUCCCAUCGGCUGGUGUCGGGAACAGGCCCGCCCCCUCACUGCCCCGCAAGGUCACCCCUGUCCGGAGUCCUUCCAGUGGGAGGACUAUCUCGAGCAAACCAAGAGUUCAGCGGCUCCCAGUUCAGCCUUUACACCGAGAGCUCCCCAUGGCUUCCAGGUGGGCCACAAGCUGGAGGCGGUGGACGGGAGGAACCCCAUGCUGAUCCGCGUCGCCACGGUGACGGAGACGGACGCCCACAGGGUCAAGAUCCACUACUCCGGCUGGUCGGAUCAGUUUGACGUCUGGUGCGACAGCGACCUCUGUGACCUGCACCCCGCAGGCUGGUGCCAGCAGACUGGACACCCGCUGGAGACACCAGCAGACUCCUCCCUCCGCCCCGCCCCCUCACAGGGGGUGUGUCCUACUCCCGGCUGCCGGGGAGUCGGUCACAUCAAAGGACCCAAAUACAACGGACACCACAGUGCUUUCGGCUGCCCCUACUCCGACAUGAAUGUGCGCAGAGAGACCAUCUUCCCAGACCGCCUGGCGGUGGGGGGGAGGGGCCUUACCGCAACGCCAGGCAACACAGCCUCACACCAUCACCAUGGAAACCAGAAGGAGGGCUGGCGGGUGCUGAGGCCUCGGGGAAGGCCUCCGGGCCGGACCUCCAGCAGCCGGGGCUUCCAGGUGAAGACGGAGCCCGGGGAGGAGCAGCCCUGUGGGGGUACGGCCAGGCUGGUGUUGGCCCUGCGGAAGCGGAGCACGGGGCUGUCCAGAAGUUCUGAGCCGACCAAAUUCCUCCGUGUCAAAAAGGAAGAGGAAGAGAUACAGCUGACGUCAUCAACCCCUUCAUCAACCCCAGAGGCGACCAGCCUGCAGGCACUGCACCAGUCCGUCUUCCUGUCGUCUAAAGAACUUCCUGUCCACUGCAAACUACUUCCUGGGGCGGCCGGUCUCAACGCCCACACAGUCCAGACCUGGAGCGUAACACAGGUGUCGGAGUUCAUUGAGUCCCUCCUCGGUUGUGAGGAUCUGGCCAAGCGCUUCAGAGACCAGCAGAUAGAUGGGCGGGCUCUUCUCCUGCUGACCCAACGAGACAUCCUCAGCAUCAUGUCAAUCAAAUUGGGCCCCGCCCUAAAGAUCUACACCUCCAUCCUCAUGUUUAAACAUGCGGACAACAAGGACCAAUCGGUGUGCCAGGACAAGGACGCCUGAAUCUGUGAGGUCAUCACAGUCGACCCUCCACUCCUCUCUCCUUUUCUCGACGGACGUUUCGUUAUUUUACAGGAUUGAACGGCAAUUACAUCCGAACGAACACACACACACACACACACACACAUUACUACAACCAGGCGUUCUAGAGGAUGUUACCACGGA